AUGCUAAUCGAUUAUAGAGUAUUAGAUCUAAACAUCACCAGCGCCGAAGGAAUCAAAGGUGUUCUAAGUUUCACCAAUUUUUUCUUCAAAUCAAAAGUCUACGCCGCGGUCUCCGUCGACGGAACCCCUUCAGCCACCCAAGAAACGCCGCUGGCUAAAUACUUCGGCAAAAAUCCAGUGUGGAAUUGUUCGAUGAGGUUCCAUUUGGAGGAAUCGAAGCUACAAGAAAAUGCACUGACUCUGAAGAUUAAACUAAAGCGAAGGCGAACAUUCGGAAGAGAUGAUGAAGACAUUGCUGAAGCUUCGAUUCCGUUGAGAAAUCUGUUUAAUGGCAAUGAGAAUGUAACAAAUGAAAAUUGCAGUUCCUCUUUUAUGCUAUCGAAGUCCGGCGGCCUGCGUGGUUUGGUGUAUUUUUCGUAUUGUUUCAGCAGGACUUACAAUGCAUCCGAUGCCAGUGACGAUGGUGCCACAGUUGCUCCGCCCUUGGCCUUCGAACGUCCCCCUCUUGCACACCGCAGUGAUCUUAGUUGCGGGGUUUUUGAUUUGUUAUUCCAUUAA